UUUCAUGUGAAUUUAUAUUAUGUCUUAUUCUCUCUUUUCUUAGCUUAUAUUAUUUUACGUAUUUCAGUUAUGUGGCAUAACGAAAAUAUAUAGGUUGAAUAAUCACUACUUAUAAACAAAUAACAUCAGGAAUGUGUAUUGUAUUUAUACACUGCAAUAAUGAUGUGGGAGCCAAAUAUAAGUUAAUAAUGGCCGCCAAUAGAGAUGAGUACAUGAGUAGACCAACGAAGUCUGCUGAUACCCAUCCUGAUUUCCAACAUAUUAUUUGCGGAAUCGACAUGGAACCUGGUGUGGAAGGGGGGACAUGGCUUGGAGUUACAAAAUCUGGAAAAUUUUCUGCCUUGACGAAUGUGUUGGUUGGAUCUCAAGAUCCUUCCAAACUACCAAGAGGGAAACUGGUUAUUAACUAUUUGAAAGAUGAAGUUGAUCCUAUGGAUUAUUUAAAUUUACUGCAAGAUAAGCAACAUAGACAGUUCAACAUACUUGCAGGAAAAAUUGAUUCGUGUGGAAAAAUUUGUCUGGGAUAUUAUAGUAACUGGGAUGACAAAAAUCCGAGGUUGUUGGCAGACAAAACCAAUGUAGUUGCAUGUACAACCUUGAAUGGAGAUUGGAAGAAAAUUGAACAUGGUCGAAAAACUUUUGAUAACAUUAUUGAGAAUAGUGAUGCCAUGAGUCCAAAUGAUUUAACCAAUUGCUUGUUUGAGGCUUUAUUAUCUGAUACAACUUCAUUAUAUCCUGAUGAAAUUGUAAGGAAACAAUGCAAUGGAGCUUUGGAUGAUACAAUACUAGAAAAAUAUUGCUCCGUCAUGAUCAGUGGGUUAGGAUUGUAUGGCACUAGGGUACAAACUGUUGUUUUAAUUGAUGAAAACAAUCAGCUACAUUUCACAGAAAUGUCGCUAAAUGGAUCUGAUGGUGCAGAUAAGACUGCCUGGUUGAAAAGUUCUCACUCAUUCACUGUGAAAGUAACUGAUACUAGUUCAAGUUAAUUUUCAGUAGAGUGGUCGUACAUAACUUUGCUUUGUUCCAAAUUGAAUUCAAAUCCGUAUUAGUAAUAUUCGGAUGUUAGAAUCAGUCCUGUCAGCAAAAACAAUAUGAUUUUGACAUACAUCAUCUUUUGUUAUAUGUUCUCAUGCCUAAUGUGUGCAAUGUUGGUUAUUUUGACAUUUAUAUGCAAUAAUUUUUACAGCAUACAGUACAGUAUUUCCUCUUAGAAAUUGAAAUGUUGUUGUUUGCUACAAUUGUGUGAAAUUAGCAUUGUGUAAGGGAUUUUUGUUUUUUUAGGUGAACCCAACUUUCUAUGUUGAUAUAGUUUUUAUAUGUCGCCAAGGCGUCUGUUAUUUUCUAUAGAUAAUUAUUUGUUAAUAAUAAAUCUGUACAGACAUAGCAUGGCAUUGAUUGUGGUGGGGUCUGUAAUUAUACUUAAACCAUCAGUCCAUGUCAUUUACUGCUGAUAAUAAUUUUAUGAUACAUUUCUUAUAAAUUAAUGCGAAAUUUUUUUUUAACAGUGAAUGUAUAUAUAUAAAAGCUUGUCAAAUACUUACUACUAUAUCUAUUUCAG